AAGCGAUUAGAUAAGGGCACCGAAUUCGGAAGCAAAGUCGCGCUGCUCACCUGUCAAUAAUGGCAGUAUCUGAUUGCUUGCCGUGUCGAUAGGGUUGAGAAAAUGAAGUUGUUACUUGUUUUGUCGGUGGUGGCCGCUGUUGCCUUUGCUAGCGAGGAUGCGUCAUCUCGUUUGACUGGCGGUACCGUAACUCUGCCUGGACAGUUUCCCGCAGCGGUCAGCAUCGAUUCUCCGUACAACCUGCACUGUGGUGGAACCAUCCUCAACCGUCAACAUGUACUGACUGCGGCCUGGUGCGUCAUGCACCCAACCUCGUUCUCCCUCGUCAAUCCAUUCUGGUUACGCGUCAUCGCUGGUGAUGUUAACAUAGUGCCAGCUUCUUCUCGACGCGAAGUUCGCAAUGUGACGCACCUCUUCGUGCAUCCGAACUACAACAGAUUGACCGGAAACAACGAUCUGGCUGUGCUUCGUGUCAAUACCAUGUUCCCGGAAAUCCACAAUACCAUUGACUCAGCAGUGAUCAACACCAGGAUUUGGGCGGACAAUACUCAGUGCCAGUACGCAGGAUGGGGUGCCAAUACCAAUGCUGUCAACGCUCCGCUAAAUCCUGUCCAGCGAAUGGUUGUCGCUCCCAUCCUUCCAACGGCCCAGUGUAACGCAGCUAAUGUCCACGGAAACCGUGUCCUGUCCACGAUGUUGUGCGCCGGGUCCAUCACUGCCGUUGCCAACACCGUCUGUCAAGGAAACAUCGGAGGCGCGCUCUUCUGCAAUGGCCAGCUGACCGGAGUGCUCACAUUUGGACUUACUUGCGGAGCUGCCAACAACCCCGGAGUCUACAUCGACGUUAGACAGUACCGAGCAUGGAUCGACAGCCAGUUCACCCGCACUGAUAAUCCAGCCCCAGGAUGGGUCCCGAACCCUUUGUAAGUUAAGCAUGAUGGUUGUUUUUCUGAAUAAAGUUUGUUAACGUUAAAA